AACAGCUGUUCGUGAAGAUAUGCAGAGCAAUCCAAAAACCCGCCUACAAAUAUUGUUAUUUUGAUUAGAUUACGGAUUACAGAAUGGAACCGCCGUACGCCCCGCUUAGUGAGUCCUGCGCCAAGGCGCUGGGCGACAAGGUGUACGAGAAACGUAAGCUGGCCUCGCAGGAGAUCGAGAAAAUGGUCACGGAAUUCAACAACAAAAACAACUCGGCCCAGAUCCGCAAGCUGAUCGAAGUGCUGGCCACGGAUUAUGCGACAUCACGGGACGCAAACCGAAGGAAAGGAGCGCUUAUCGGUCUGGCAGCCAUGGGUUUAGGGCUGGGCAAGGAUACGGGCAAGUACGUCCAGGGCCUGGUGACGCCCAUCAUGACCUGCCUGUCGGAUCCGGAUAUCCGUGUGCGUUACUUCGCCUGCGAGUCCCUGUACAACGUGGUGAAGGUGGCCCGCUCUGCGAUCAUUCCCUUCUUCCCGGAGCUUUUCGCCGCACUAUCGCGACUCGUGACUGAUUCCGAUCAAAUGGUCAAGGACGGCAGCGAAUUGCUGGAUCGCCUGCUAAAGGACAUUGUCACGGAAUCGUCGCAAACAUUCAAUCUGCAGGCGUUCAUUCCUUUGCUGAGAGAGCACAUCUAUGUGAAGGAUGCGUUUGCCCGUCAGUAUGUGAUCUCAUGGAUAUCGAUCCUAAAUGCCGUUCCGGAUAUUAACAUGGUCAACUAUUUGACCGAGAUCUUGGACGGACUCUUCGUCAUGCUCGAGGACAAUACGCUUGAGAUCCAGCGCAUGUGCGAGACCACAAUUAGCCAGUUCCUGAAGUCCAUAAGGAACGACUCGUCAUCCGUGCGUAUGGAGGAUACUAUCAAUACACUCAUAACGCACGCACAAUCGCCCAAUGAGCUCAUCAAGUCCAUUGCGAUCACCUGGAUACGGGAGUUUGUCCAAAUAUUUGGCCCCAAUGUGCUGCCGUAUGCAAGUGGCAUAUUCACGGCGAUAUUGCCGUGUCUGGAAUACAAUGUGGAAUCGAAGAGGAGUAUUAAAGAGUGCGCCGUGUCUGUUAACAACUCGAUGAUGUUGCUCGUUUCGACCAAGGAGCUGAAAACGGAGACAGUGGCCAAGAUUGAUUUGCGUUCGAUUAUGGACGUUCUUUCACAGUAUCUCACGCACAAUUCGAUGCACACAAAGAUCGCAGUUCUAAAAUGGAUCCACCAUCUAUUCACCAACUUUCCAAACGAAAUGUCCGUGCAUGCGAGAAACCUGAACACUAAUCUAUUGUCAACUUUGGCCGACAACUCGGAUGAGGUAGUCCUUCAAAGCCUGUCCGUUUUGGCGGAAAUCGUAAAUUCUCAAGAGAGCAGGGAGCUUAACGAUUUUAACAAAUCGCACUAUCGCGAGUUUUUGUUGAGCUUAUUGAACCUUUUCAGCGAGGAGAAACUUAUACUGGAGAACAGAGCCAGCCUUAUUAUUAGAAAACUCUGUGUGCUGCUGAAUGCGGAAUACAUUUACCGCACCUUUGCCGAAAUAAUUGCGGAGGGCGUGCCCAACUUGAAGUUUGCUUCGACGGUUGUGCGCCUGCUGAACAUGAUUCUACUAACCUCAACGGAGCUAUUCGAAUUGCGUACGAGCCUGCGAAAUAUAUCCAACGGGAAGUCAGCGGAUCUCUUUCAAUGCCUCUACAAGAGCUGGGCCCACUGUCCAGUGUCCACUCUCUCCUUGUGCCUGCUCACCCAAAGCUACCAGCAUGUGUCCCGCUUGGUUACGCUAUUUGCCGAUGUUGAAAUCACUUUGGAGCUGCUGACCGAGUUGGACAAACUGGUUCAGUUGAUAGAGUCUCCCAUAUUCGCUCCAUUGCGUCUUACGCUUGUUUCCAAAGCGAAUAACUGCGCGGAUGCACAGUACUUGGCUCAUGCCCUGUUUGGCAUCCUGAUGCUGCUGCCGCAGACGGAAGCAUUUGACACGCUUCGGAAUCGUUUGCAAUGCGUGCCCAACUACUGGGGUCACGAUCCUGUGGAUGAACGCAAUUCACUGGAGUACAAAAGUGGCAUUGAUUUCGAUGCCUUGGAACAACAUUUCAUUAAAUUGCAGAAAGCCCACCGCGAGCAGCGUAUUGUGCACCGGAAGCGGAGUGUAAUAACUCCUGAAAGCAACUAGCCUUCUUUUAUGCAUACCUUAUUUAUAUAGCCUGUGAUUCAGUGUGCAGUCCUUUCGUUCGCAUAUGUGUGUUUAAUAAAUUUGAGUCUAAUAUACUUUAAA